AUGGUCAACCUUGAUGAGGUUUGGAACACAAAUAUCAUUGGCUUCAUAGGGGAACUAUUUAAAAAUGAAUUAAAAAUCGAUGAAGGAAUAAAAAAAAUGAAAACUGAUGGUGUCAGAAGUGGCGGAUUUGUUUGCGGUGAAAGCGCUGAUUUGUCGUGCAACGGGAUAGUGAGAGAGACGCCAGAAGAAGCUGGGCGGAUCGUGAUGGACGAGCAGGAAAAGCGAAAGCUGGAUCGAAAACGUGCUCGGAACCGAGCUGCAGCCACAAAGUGCCGACAGAAGAAAAUUGAUCGGAUUCAGGAUCUCGAGAGGAUGGUAGCCAAUGAGAAGCAACGGUCCCAAAGCCUGGAUAUGGAGAUGGAGAGCCUACGCGGCACACUGCAUCAGUUGCAGCAGCUGAUUCAGAUGCACGAACAGCGAGGAUGUGUCCGCAGCUGA